CGGCGGGCGCGGGCGCGCGCGGCGGCGGCGCGUUCCGUUCCGGGCCGAGGCUCGCGGCGGAAAAGUUGCGGGGCUUGAAGAGCGGCCCCGGGACGGGCAGCGAACGCGACGCCGAGCCGGCUCCCGGCUCCCGGCGCCCGGCGCCCGUGGUCCGGCCAUGGACGACCUCGAUGCCCUGCUGGCGGACCUGGAGUCCACCACCUCCCACAUCUCCAAACGGCCCGUGUUCUUGUCCGAGGAGACCCCCUACUCAUACCCAACUGGAAACCACACGUACCAGGAGAUUGCCGUGCCACCCCCUGUCCCUCCACCCCCAUCCAGCGAGGCCCUCAAUGGCACGAUCCUUGACCCCUUAGACCAGUGGCAGCCCAGCGGCUCCCGAUUCAUCCACCAGCAGCCUCAGUCCCCGUCACCUGUGUACGGCUCCAGUGCCAAAACUUCCAGUGCCUCCAACCCUCAGGACGGCUCUCCGUGUUCCCGAGCGGGCGAGGAGGAGCACGUCUACAGCUUCCCCAACAAGCAGAAAUCAGCUGAGCCUUCACCCACCGUAAUGAGCUCCUCCCUGGGCAGCAACCUCUCUGAACUCGACCGCCUGCUGCUGGAGCUGAACGCCGUGCAGCACAACCCGCCGGGCUUCCCUGCAGAUGAGGCCAACUCAAGCCCCCCACUUCCCGGGGCCUUGAGCCCCCACUAUGGCGUCCCAGAGAAUAACAGCCCCGUGGGGGGCAAAGCCGGGCCCCUGACAAAAGAGAAGCCUAAGCGGAAUGGGGGCCGGGGCCUGGAGGACGUGCGGCCCAGUGUGGAGAGUCUCUUGGAUGAACUGGAGAGCUCUGUGCCCAGCCCUGUCCCUGCCAUCACUGUGAACCAGGGCGAGAUGGGCAGCCCUCAGCGAGUCUCCAGCCAGCAGCAGACACGCAUCUCGGCCUCCUCUGCCACUAGGGAGCUGGACGAGCUGAUGGCUUCACUGUCGGAUUUUAAGUUCAUGGCCCAGGGGAAGACGGGGAGCAGCUCACCGCCUGGGGGACCCCCAAAGCCCGGGAGCCAGCUAGACAGCAUGCUGGGGAGCUUGCAGUCCGACCUGAACAAGCUGGGCGUUGCCACAGUUGCCAAAGGGGUCUGCGGGGCCUGCAAGAAGCCCAUUGCCGGACAGGUUGUGACUGCCAUGGGGAAGACGUGGCACCCGGAGCACUUCGUCUGCACCCACUGCCAGGAGGAGAUCGGAUCCCGGAACUUCUUCGAGCGGGAUGGACAGCCCUACUGUGAAAAGGACUAUCACAACCUCUUCUCCCCGCGCUGCUACUACUGCAACGGCCCCAUCCUGGAUAAAGUGGUGACAGCUCUUGACCGGACGUGGCACCCUGAGCACUUCUUCUGUGCCCAGUGUGGAGCCUUCUUCGGUCCCGAAGGGUUCCACGAGAAGGACGGCAAGGCCUACUGCCGCAAGGAUUACUUUGACAUGUUCGCGCCCAAGUGUGGCGGCUGUGCCCGGGCCAUCCUGGAGAACUACAUCUCGGCCCUCAACACGCUUUGGCAUCCUGAGUGCUUUGUGUGCCGGGAAUGCUUCACGCCAUUCGUCAACGGCAGCUUCUUCGAGCACGACGGGCAGCCCUACUGCGAGGUGCACUACCAUGAGCGGCGCGGCUCACUGUGCUCCGGCUGCCAGAAGCCCAUCACGGGCCGCUGCAUCACCGCCAUGGCCAAGAAGUUCCACCCGGAGCACUUCGUCUGUGCCUUCUGCCUCAAGCAGCUCAACAAGGGCACCUUCAAGGAGCAGAACGACAAGCCUUACUGUCAGAACUGCUUCCUCAAGCUCUUCUGCUAGGCACCCCACUCCCUUCCUCAGCCCCCCUUCCCCAGCCAGCGUCCUCGACUGCUACUGUGACCCAGAGACCUCGCCCGGGGGUGAAGGGGCAAACCUGACUGAAACUGGAACCCUCGUCCUCAGCUGGUGCAGGGUGGGAAGAGGCCGUGAGGGGUCCCGCCUGCUCGUCUUCACCCCUGCCUCUGGGCCUCCUCCCUCCUCCUGCAGCUCUCCCCGGGCUGACCACUCUUCAUCCUCCCUGGGGCGGGGUGGGGCGGCGGUGGAGAGGGAGGAGGGCCCCACCCGACCCCACGUGUGAACCGGCCUGGCCCGGCCAGCACCCACACUGGAGCCAUCUCUUACUCAUCAUUUCAGCAGUGGAGCCGGGGCGGGGGGAGGGCAGGCAGGGCCAGAUGGGGUCUCUCUUUAUCCUUAUUUGUCCCCCAACCUAACUGUCCUUGUUCUGAGAGUGCUGGGGGACACCUGGCUCCCUCCAGACAAUGCCAGCAUAAAUCCAUCCAUGCAUCCAAGGGUGGAAGAGUCCAAGGGGCCACAGAAGGUUCCCUGUGCUCCUUCUGCACUUCCAGCCUCCCCAGGCCUGCCUGGGCGACUGCCCCCCGCCUGAACCCUCACCACAACCUCCCUUUUAUACCUGCCCGGGUUCUACUGAGAAAGGCCUCUCCAGCAAUAAGGUUUUCUAGUCACUUCCUCUGUCUCGGGGCUGGCGUGAGGUGGGGGUGUCACCCGUGCCUGGACACUGUACCGACUUUGAUAGAUUUCUACACUGAGGUUUGAAUUCUUAUCGCCUGAGUUGCUUUUACUUCUCUAUACAAAAUGAUUUUGAAGAGAUUUUAAAGAUGUUCCCUUUUGUACUCUCCUCCUUGUCUACCGCCACCGGGCCUGUCAGUGACGGCGGCCUUGGUAUGGAGUUUGCUUUGUACCGAGGGCCUGGGCUGGGGAAGCAAUUUGUAUUUUAUUUUUUCUUAGCACAAGCAGGUGAUCGGGGAGCAGCUCUGUGACUCCCCUCCUUUCACUUCAUAGCUCACCAGGACUGUUUUAUAAACUGCUGUAUUUUGAAACCCCUUCCUUACUGCCCAGGCCAGCAAGCUCUUAACUGAAACUGGUCUAAGGGUGUCUUUGUCCUUGGCCUAGAAUUCGGAACCUCAUCUGUUCUGCUCCCGGGGAAGAAGGGGAAGUAUACUUUGGAGGCUGCUUCCUGUCUGAGGAAGCCGUCAGGAGCCUCUGCUCCCCUGUGGACUUCUUGGCAACAAAGAGAACCCACUGAACAUGCUCAGCCUCCUCGCCGCUUCUCUGGGGCUCUCUCUUCUGCCUUCUCAGGAAAGCUGGUGCAGACUGUGACCACGAGGACUAUGAAAGUCUCUUUGGUCUUGUUGAUUCCACUGGGCAUAUCACUUCCCCACGUCUGCCCUCCUGGGAGGCUGGGUACAGGUUCUUCCCCUUGUACAGGUGGGAUCAACACUCAGGAGGUCUGGAGAGAAGGCCCCAGGGGGUUGUGAGGGACCCUGGUAGGAUUUCGAGAAGGCGACGGGACCCUGCUGGAGCAACAGGAAGCCCCCAGAGCUCUCUGUCCCAAGGAUGAAACAGGAGCAGCCAGGCCUGAGGUUCCUGGUCUAGGGAAAGGGACCGCACAGGGGCCUAACAGGAGGAGGAUUCAGACGACCACACUGGCCUCCUAGCAGAGGCUGAGAGCCCUGGGAUCUCAGAAGAGGGUCCCUCUGGGGCUGGGGGCUGGGGAGAUCCACCUGGCCCCUCCGGAGCUCUGAUGUCUCCACUUCCACCCACAGGCCUUAUUGCUCUGUUUACAGCGACCCGCCCCAGGCCCCUCCCCAAGAGGGACUGGGGUUUCUGGGGUCCACCGUCUGGGUCAUUGGUUAUUUGAUAAUUUGAUUUUGAUUAUUUUUUUCCUCUGUAAACUUCUGGCUUUGCCCAUUUCAAUUCCUGUGAUUUAUGCCAAUAAAGUUUGCCAUUAUUUUCA